GUUCCCGCAGUUGUUCCGCGGAAGUUGACAGAGAGAGAAGUUGGAGAAGAAAGAGAAGAAUCCCAAACAGACGCUGAGGAGAUCCAGCGGCAGCAGUUCCUUUCUCGGAUUAAAGUUGUGGUUUGAAGGUAAACGCGUUCCCGGUUCCGUGAAGAUGGAUUCGGCUCCGGUGGAGAUCGACGGCAGUGUAAUGGAGGGAGGCGGGCAGAUCCUGAGAGUCUCCGCGGCGCUCAGCUGCAUCACCGGAACCUCCGUGAAAAUCUCCAAGAUCCGAGCCGGUAGAAGCUCCCCGGGGCUCAGACCCCAGCACCUGAGCGGUCUUCAGCUGGUCUCAGAUCUGUGUUCUGGCAGUCUGCAGGGAGCCUCCAUCGGCUCCACCGACAUCAGUCUGACUCCAGGAAAGAUCCAGGCUGGAAACCACACGGCAGAUCCCCAGACCGCAGGGAGUGUGUGUCUGCUGCUGCAGGUAGCUCUCCCGUGUGCUCUGUACGCUGACGGUCCGUCUCAGCUCUGUCUGAAGGGAGGAACCAACGCAGAGAUGGCUCCUCAGAUAGACUACACCAUCAAGGUGUUUAAACCAAUCGUGGAGAGGUUUGGAGUCCAUUUUGAUUGUGACGUCAAAAUGAGGGGUUACUACCCUAAAGGCGGGGGGGAGGUGAUGGUGACGGUGAACCCGGUCAAAGAGCUGCAGCCUGUCGUCAUGACGGAGAGAGGAAACAUCACCAAAAUCUACGGCCGCGCCUUCGUCGCCGGCGUCCUGCCGUACAAGGUACCACAGACAGGAAGUGAUGUCAUAACUGUGUGUGGUCAGCUGCAGCUCUCUGAUUGGUCCUCUCUGUGUUUCAGAAUCAUCGCUGAGUCGUCAACAGGUUGUGUGUUUGCAGGUUCAGCUCUGGGGAAGAAAGGUGUGUAUGCAGAUAAAAUCGGUGUAGAAGCUGCUGAGAUGUUACUGAGAAACAUCAGACACAACGGCUGUGUAGACGAGUUCCUGCAGGACCAGCUCAUCAUCUUCAUGGCGCUGGCGAAGGGAACGUCUCGGAUCAGAACCGGCUCCGUCACGCUGCACACACAGACGGCCAUCCACAUGGCCCAGCAGCUGACCCAGGCGAAGUUCAAGAUAACUAAAUGUGAAGACGAGCUGAGCAGUGAGGAGUCCUUCAUCAUCGAAUGUGAAGGAUCAGGAGCAGCUAACACACACCUGUAGACACACACACACACACACACACACACACACACACACACACACACA